UUGAUUUGGCGGGAAAUUGUUCUGUGUGCGUGUGUGCCUGUGUGUGGGUGAGUGUAGUAUGAAUUAUAUUUGAUGUAUCUCCACAAAAGACUAGUCGCAACACUUUCGAGGUGUACCGCAUCGAAAUUUCUGACCGACGAUUAAUUAAUUGAAAAGAUAAUUCAACGUAUUUACUAACAAACAUUUCGUUAGUUUGUGCAUUAUGUAGGUUAUGUUUUGACAGCUGUUCGGAUGUCCAGUCUGAGUAUUGGGUGAUAAGAAAUCAAGAAAAAACAAACCCGCCCAACUUGUAUACACAAAAAACAAUUCAAACCGAAAACCGAACUUGAAAUAUUUGAUCGUUGGCGCCAAAUUUACUGAAUUAUUUUUGGAAUCCACAGAUUUCUUGAUGCAGGUUCCCGCGUUUUGUAGGCGUUGUCCUAGGUAUUGUUUAAAAGGCACAAUUUUUUUGGGUUGACCGUGGUUGACCUGUUUUAAGAGAAAAAUAGAGAAAUGGUUCUCGCCGGGGAAAGAGAUGAUGAAUUAUUUAAAACACAUCAAGAUUUAUGCAGUAAACUUAAUUUGGAUGAAAAUAUAAUAACUACAUCUUGGGAGACUUUUGAGAGUAUUAACAAAAAGUUUGUUCUAGAGGGUGAAAAACUUCAGUGGUUGGGCUGUUCAAUUUAUGUAGCGUGUUGUAGCACCGAGACGCCUACUUUAGAUACUUCUGAAAUUGUAAGAGGCAGUGGAGUGAACUUAACAAGCUUGUUGAGGCAUAGCAAUUUAAGCUUUGUGCAGUUUUUCUCCAAUAUUUCCAAGUGGCUAGAUAUGGUGCAGCUUUCAGAUGACUUCCGUAAUAAAGUCAACAAUAUAAGAAGCACUUUUAGUGUCGCAUAUAACACUUUUAAGAAAUAUUUGCCAUCAUUUGUCGAAAUAUUUGUUUCUCCCAUUAUGAAUUCUCAAGAUAUAGAUGCAUCCAAACAUAGAAACAGGAAAAUGAGGCCAAUACCUUACACUUCAUUCAAAAUUUUUGAAUUUAUUUGGAACAUGUUUAUUCUGCUGAAGUCUGAAGAAAAUUAUUUGGGAACAGAACUUAUAAAGUGCCACCAUUUAUUAUACUGUUGCAUAGAUCUUGCCCUGAGGAAUGUUCUUAUGUCCAACCGACGAGAUUUGGUUAAUCCCAACUUUGUUCAGGAAUUUGCUAUUGCAAAUAUUGAAAAUGGGGAUCAGGAAUGGCCAUGCAUUGUCACCAAAUUCUGCAAUUGCGAUUCUGUCAUUAAAGAAGCCUUGCAUAUGAAAAUUUACACAUUUCGUGAUUUGGUUCACAAAUUAAUUAGAAAUGGGACAUUAGUCGGCAAUGAAGAGAGUUUUAAUGAUAUUUUAAGCGUUGAAAACUUUGAUAGCAAUUUUAGAUCUGUUACUAAAGCUUAUGAAGCUCAUUUACUAAGCAAGGGUGAUUUUGAUGAGAGAAUAUUUUUGGCUGAAUACAAACGACAGUUAAUAGAAAAAGAGCAGCUAUCAAAUAACUGGACAACUAUUAAAACAUUUCCUCCUGGAGACUGUGGUGAUACAUCAGUAAUGGAGUCACCAAGAAACAGUGUUGGAAUGGUCACUCCAAAUCAGUUACUUGAUACUCCACUUACGGGCCGAAAGUUUUUGGGCCCUCGAGAAGCAGAUCAACCUAUCUUAGGAGACAAAUCACUAUCUGAAAAAAUGAGUAGACUUCAUGCUCUCAUUGUUAAUCGAUGUGCUAAGCCCAGCGAAUCCCUACAGCAUCUAUUUAGUCAGUGUCAAAGUGAUCCAAGUGAACGAAUCGAACGAAUUCUCUUGACCAACAAUGAAAAAUUGAUUGAGGCGUUUUUGAACUGCGGCUGUUCCAAAGAAGAUGCGCAAAAUUACUUGGAUAUUGGCGUAACUCUUUUUUAUAAAUACGUCGAGUCUGUCCUGCAUACUGAAAAAAAUAUUUCGGCGGAAAUUUCGGCUUUGGUGGAAAAAGAUCUGUUCUUUCAGUGCAUGUUUGUCUGUUGUAUGGAGAUGGUAUUUUUUAGUUACAAUUUUUCAAAAAAAUUUCCCUGGAUACUGGAAACACUUGAAGUCAAACCGAUUCACUUUGUAAAAGUCAUAGAGCUAAUUGUUCGUUCCAAAGAUCAUUUAUUUCGAGAAUUAAUAAAACAUUUAAAUAGGAUUGAGGAAACAGUCAUGGAAAGUUUAGCGUGGAGGUCCGAUAGUCCCAUUUGGGAUGCGAUUGCAAAUUCUGACCAGGGUAUUCCUAGAUUUGAAGAUAUUGCACUUCCUGGUCACCUUCUACACAAUGACGUUGAUGAUACUGAACCAACAGCCAUAAGAUCGCCAGGUCUAUCUGCUGUGGAUUGUUUUCAGUCUCCUAUUUCCCAGGUCAGUAGGAAUUUGUUUCCGACGACAGCGCAAACGGGACAAUCUGUAUUGCAAAAGCACACGCAUUUAAUGAUCCCAGGAAAGGAUGGUAACAUGAAGAUAAUACCUAUUGUUGAUCCCGAGAGAACAAAAGAUGUUGUCGUCCAGCCUCUAAAAACUGAAUCUGCAACGGAGUCGGUAACACCUAGAAAAACUGGCAGUCUAAUGCUUAUUUUUAGAAAGUUCUACAAUUUGGCGGGUGUGCGUCUGCAGCAUCUUUGUUUAAAUCUGGGAUUCACUGAUUUUGAACUGAAGCGAAAAAUUUGGACAAUUUUUGAGGACUCAAUUCGACAUACCGACCUUAUCAAAGAUAGACACUUGGAUCAGUUACUCAUGUGUGCAAUAUAUGUAAUCUGCAAAGCCUGCAAUAUCAACAAUUAUGAAAAUCUCUUUGCGAUUAUAAUGAAGUUUUACAGACAGCAGCCCCAAGCGUCCAGUUCUGUCUACAGGGAUGUUUUGAUUGAAAGAGGAAAAAUAGAGGAUGGUAAGGCGAUUCCUGAAAAGAGAAAUGAUCUUAUUCAGUUUUACAACUCAGUCUAUGUCAAGGCGAUGCAGGCUUAUGCUAUUAGGUUCCAGCCAAACAGUAACUCAAAUAGCAACGUUCUUUUAAGUCCUUUGCCUGCAAUUAGAAGAAAUAUGGUCUCUCCAAAUAUUAACACGCAAGUCGUUGGAAAUGUAUUUGUGAAACCAUUAGAAAGCUCGGUAAUCCAAGUCGGUUCCAGUUAUAAUUAUUUUUUCAGCCGAAGCCCAUCUAAAGAACUGAAAAAUAUCAAUAGAGCAAUUAACAAUAACGUAAUUCGGGGCAAGAGGCUACUUGGUGAAGAUGUAUUAGAAAUGCCAAGCAAUAAACGAAUAUCAAAUAGGAAAAUUCAAUCGCUAGUAGAAGAAAGAAGAAGUCAAAAUUUGGAGUGAGGGGAUAAUUUUAGAUUGAGAAUUAUUUGUAAAUAUUUUUAAUAAUUAGUGUUCAUUGAGUUUCGAUGAUUUUAAGUGAGAUUAGUUUUGAUUUUUUGUAUUUUAAUUUUUCAAUAUUUAAUGAAUGUGGAAGGAGUAUUAUAAAUAAGAAAAGUUUCAUUGUUUUAGAACAUAAAUAUAAUUAGUACAUAUCCAUCAUCCCUUUAUAAUAAAAACAGCAGGAUUCUGUUUAGAAUAUACAUUUAUCUGAAUUUAAUAUUUGCCACCAAAUUAGUAACAAUUAUAAAGGGUUUCUGAUGAAAAUGUAUUAACAGAAUAUUUAGUCCAACAGUCGGUAUAUCAAACAUUAAAUUAUAGAAAAAACCACAUUGUAGGAAGAAUUGUGUGAUUACAUUUUUGUUCUAUUCUCUGAUAAAAUUCAAAUUUGAAUUUAUUCAAAACUAAUUUUUUGUUACAUAUGUGUUUUAUUAAUUCCACUUUGCGCAAUUGUGUUAUUCAAUUUAAGUUUCAGUUAGUCAAUGCAAUUUUUUAGAGAUUUUAAUAAACCCUCU